CACAAAAAAGAUAAUUUAGCAACUGCUGCGGCUAGCUACAGUAAAGCAGUCGGCUUGAGACAGAUAUACCAAGCAGCCGCGGAUUUACAAAGUUGCUGGCUUAUAUAAUUGCCAGUCCCACCUGACUCCAUUUCUUGUUUGGGGGAGUCCUUUGAAAGCUCUGCAGCACUCUGAAGUAUUAAGCGAAUAAGGUGGUUGAGUGAUAUAGCUAGCUAGAGCAGUUUCUUAGGACACCCGUAACCCAUAUAAAACCCGGCGCGACAACGAGCUUUAUCGGUGGGAGCUGAGAAAACAAAUUCUCCCGGACAGGUCCCGCGAAUAUUUACUUCGGCUACGCUGUCGCGAUAUUAAUAUUAAUUUACGGUGAGUUAGAAGCUCGUGUGCUAGCUUGCUAGCUGCAGACAUUGGAAGAAAUAUGGAAUACGGCUAUUAUUCUAAAGGACGGGCUUGAAUGUUUUCCCCCAAGGGGGGGUUAAGGAAAAAAUAUAUGUCUUUUAUGUUCCUUGAUUUCCAUACACGAAAAACAAGAAACAGACCGACGGUUGCUAUGGAGAAGUUGCGGCUGUCAGGCUGGAAGUAGGCCUGAGCUUCGGACUGGAGUUGUUAGGAAAGGCCCGGGGAAGUUGGAACAGUGGGGAUCAACCACUGGGAACAGACGACAGGGAAGUGGCACUUUAGAGGAUGCUGUUGAGGACUUGGCAACGAUGCUGGAUGUCUGAAAAUAGAUGGGGCCUCUUCCUUCACCCAUACCAAAACUACAGCCAUUAACUUGACCCAAGGAGACAAACCCGUUUGGCUGAACUCAAAGGAUUCUGGGAAGGCGUGAGCCAUGCCCCCGAGACCGUCAUCCGGAGAACUAUGGGGCAUCCACUUGAUGCCCCCUCGGAUUUUGGUGGACUGCCUGCUACCGAACGGGAUGAUCCUGACCCUGGAGUGCCUCCGUGAGGCCACCCUCAUCACCAUUAAGCACGAGCUCUUUAAGGAGGCCCGGAAGUACCCCCUGCACCACCUCCUGCAGGAGGAGACCUCCUACAUUUUUGUCAGUGUUACGCAGGAGGCGGAAAGGGAGGAGUUUUACGAUGAAACGAGGAGACUUUGCGACCUCAGGCUCUUUCAGCCUUUCCUGAAAGUCAUUGAACCCGUCGGCAACAGGGAAGAGAAAAUUCUCAACCGAGAAAUCGGUUUCGCCAUUGGCAUGCCCGUGUGCGAGUUCGACCUGGUGAAGGACCCCGAAGUGCAGGACUUCCGGAGGAACAUUCUCAACGUCUGCAAGGAGUCGGUGGACCUCCGAGACGCCAGCGGGCCCCACAGCCGGGCGCUCUACGUGUACCCCCCAAACGUGGAGUCGUCGACAGAGCUACCAAAGCACAUCCACAGCAAACUGGACAAAGCUUGCAGUGCACCCCAAGAACACCACUGUGGUCAGAUAAUCGUGGUGAUCUGGGUCAUCGUCUCGCCCAACAACGACAAGCAGAAAUACACCCUGAAGAUCAACCACGACUGCGUCCCGGAGCACGUGAUCGCCGAGGCCAUCCGGAAGAAGACGCGGAGCAUGCUGCUCUCGCCGGAGCAGCUGAAGAUGUGCGUGCAGGAGUACCAGGGCAAGUACAUCCUCAAGGUGUGCGGCUGCGACGAGUACCUCCUGGAGAAGUACCCGCUCAGUCAGUACAAGUACGUCAGGAGCUGCAUCAUGCUGGGCCGCAUGCCCAACCUCAUGCUGAUGGCCAAGGAGAGCCUGUACUCCCAGCUGCCCAUGGACAACUUCACCAUGCCCUCGUACGCCCGCCGCAUCUCCACGGCCACGCCCUACAUGAACGGCGAGGCCUCCGCCAAGUCGCUGUGGACCAUCAACGGCACGCUGAGGAUCCGGGUGCUGUGCGCCACGUACGUCAACGUGAACAUUCGGGACAUCGACAAGAUCUACGUCCGGACGGGCAUAUACCACGGAGGGGAGCAGCUGUGCGAUAACGUGAACACUCAGCGCGUGCCUUGCUCCAAUCCAAGGUGGAACGAGUGGCUGAACUACGACAUGUACAUUCCUGACAUCCCGCGGGCGGCCCGACUCUGCCUGUCCAUCUGCUCCGUCAAGGGAAGGAAGGGGGCGAAAGAGGAACACUGUCCGCUGGCAUGGGGCAACGUGAACCUCUUCGACUACACCCACACCCUGGUCUCGGGGAAGAUGGCCCUCAACCUGUGGCCCGUGCCGCACGGCCUGGAAGACCUCCUCAACCCCAUCGGGGUCACGGGCUCCAAUCCCAACAAGGAAACGCCCUGCCUGGAGAUGGAGUUUGAUUAUUUCAGCAGUCCGGUGAAGUUCCCCGACAUGGCCGUAGUAGAGGACCACGCCAACUGGACCAUAUCCAGAGAGCUGGGCUUUAAUUACUGCCACACCGGCCUGAGUAACAGACUGGCGCGGGACAACCCCCUGACGGACAGCGACAACGAGCAGCUGCGCCUGGUGUGUAACCGAGACCCCCUGUCUGAGGUGACUGAGCAGGAGAAGGACUUCCUGUGGCGGCACAGGCAUUAUUGUGUAAAUAUACCGGAGAUUUUGCCUAAGAUUCUCCUGGCGGUCAAGUGGAACUCCAGAGAUGAAGUAGCACAGAUGUAUUGCCUUCUGAAGGACUGGCCCGCUAUAAAGCCAGAACAAGCCAUGGAGUUGCUAGACUGCAACUUCCCCGAUCCCAUGAUCCGGGACUUCGCUGUCAGGUGCCUUGAAAAAUAUUUGACGGACGACAAGCUCUCCCAGUACCUCAUUCAACUGGUCCAGGUUCUCAAAUACGAGCAGUACCUCGAUAACCCACUGGUGCGAUUCUUGCUGAAGAAGGCUUUGACUAACCAGAGAAUAGGACAUUUCUUUUUUUGGCAUCUGAAGUCCGAGAUGCACAACAAAACGGUGAGCCAGCGAUUCGGCCUGCUGCUGGAGUCGUACUGUCGGGCUUGUGGAAUGUACCUGAAGCACCUGAGCAGGCAGGUGGAAGCCAUGGAGAAACUGAUCAACCUCACAGACAUCCUCAAGCAGGAAAAGAAGGACGAAACACAGAAGGUCCAAAUGAAGUUUCUGGUGGAACAGAUGAGGAGGCCGGACUACAUGGACGCCCUUCAGAACUUCACCUCCCCGCUCAAUCCUGCACAUCAGCUGGGUAACCUCAGACUCGAGGACUGCAGGAUAAUGUCCUCGGCCAAACGGCCGCUGUGGCUGAACUGGGAGAACCCCGACAUCAUGUCCGAGCUCCUCUUCCAGAACAACGAGAUCAUCUUCAAGAACGGAGACGAUUUACGGCAAGACAUGCUGACCCUCCAGAUCAUUAGGAUAAUGGAAAACAUCUGGCAGAACCAGGGUCUUGAUCUCAGGAUGCUGCCCUACGGGUGCCUUUCGAUCGGGGACUGCGUGGGGCUCAUUGAGGUGGUGAGGAACUCCCACACAAUCAUGCAGAUCCAGUGCAAGGGUGGCCUGAAGGGGGCGCUGCAGUUCAACAGCCACACCCUCCACCAGUGGCUCAAAGACAAGAACAAGGGAGAGAUGUACGAUCUAGCCAUCGAUUUGUUUACGCGGUCCUGUGCCGGCUACUGCGUGGCCACUUUCAUCCUGGGGAUCGGGGACAGGCACAACAGCAACAUCAUGGUGAAGGACGACGGGCAGCUGUUCCACAUAGAUUUCGGCCAUUUCCUGGAUCACAAGAAAAAGAAGUUUGGUUACAAGCGAGAGCGGGUCCCCUUCGUCCUGACGCAGGACUUUCUGCUCGUCAUCAGCAAAGGAACGCAGGAGUGCACCAAGACGAGAGAAUUCGAAAGGUUCCAGGAGAUGUGCUACAAAGCAUACCUAGCCAUCCGCCAGCACGCCAACCUCUUCAUCAACCUCUUCUCCAUGAUGCUGGGCUCGGGCAUGCCGGAGCUGCAGUCCUUCGACGACAUCGCCUACAUCCGUAAAACCCUGGCGCUGGACAAAACGGAGCAGGAGGCCCUGGACUACUUCAUGAAGCAGAUGAACGACGCUCACCACGGCGGCUGGACCACCAAAAUGGACUGGAUCUUCCACACCAUCCGGCAGCACGCUCUAAACUGAGGGGCCCCCGCGAGCCUCGCGAACAGCAGGGGACGAUAGCCCCCUCUCCCCCCUCCCCGGUCGGUACACGUAGCGACGGUGUCCGACGAAUCCGGAAAGUUCUCCGGCAGUCUCCGGCAUCCUUCAAAUCCUGCUGGGUUCACCUGUGGUUUUUGUCAAUAAGGGUUUUUGUUUGAUCGGUUUCCUUCCCUCUGUCGCCCCCUGUGGUCGCCUCCUGUGUAGGAGGCAACCGGGAGCUACUGUCCUCGAUGGCCUUUAUAAAAAUAAAAAAAAAAUAACAUACCUCUUUUGUUUUUGGGAGCUCUGGUGGUGGAAACGUCUUCCUCUAACUAUUAUGCCUUUAAAAUAUGCACAGAAUAUUGAGAAAACUCCCGAGCAAAACAGGGUAAAGUUUUUAGCGUUUUUUUGGCGUUGUGUUCAUCUGUUUCUCGUAAACGUAGUUCAGUGAAUUAUAGUCGUUUGUCCUGCAGAACGAGGGUUCCUAUAUCAUUGUGGGGUUGUGCAUGCGCUUUGACGGGAGACUCAUCCGCGACACCCAGGCGAUAUUUGGAGCACCUGUUGUACUGUCUCUCCUUGAGUAAGAGAGGAUCGCAAGGAAGCGUUUGGGCUUGUCGGAUCUUACAUGGCAGCAUAUAUUCAGAGUUAGCUGAAAUUACCAAACCUUUAUGUAAAGGCCAAGAACUGUAAGGUUUCGAUCUUUCACUCAGGCUUUGGCUGAAACAGCCCUGUAGGGAUUUGAUUGGACUACCCUAGUCUAGCGUGGUAUUUGAGGCCUCUCAUUGGUCCGUCACUAACUUCAGUCCACUGCAGCAGUGUUAAUGAAAUAUACUUGUUUUCCCUUAGCCCCCAUUUAUGUAUCUCUAGUAACCGUGUGCAACCAGUGGGAACGAUGGAUGAGCUCACAGAAGCACUUUGACUGAUACCGUGAAGCCGUAUUACUAAUUAAGGCCCAGAGAAGGACUGCCCUUAGUUCAGUUUGGCUACGUUGAAUGUGUGUCGUUUCAGGCGUGUUCUUGUGAACCAGACACCGGCACUACCUUGGUGUUGUAAUGGAGCCACCGAAAGAUGUCGGAUGACGUCAGACAUGGCGAGAACUGACAAAUAGGAGCCGCGCAGAAUGCCAGGCUUUUAUUGGCCAAUAUUUAGAGCGAUGUCAUUAACACGAAUGGAUUUUAUUUGUGCGUGUACAGAAAUGUUCCAUUAAGGGCCCAAAGCGUUCGGAGUUGUUGAUGGAAAGGUUUGCGUUUGGCGCUUAUAUUAUAAAAAAUGGUCUUUAACGUUUUUAUCCUUCCCGUUCCAAAAACAGCUAAUACUGCCUCAUAAGUCCUCUGUUUAGUGCAAGUCAUCGUGGAGUGAGAACUUGGUCGGUGGGCAGAACACCAUGCUGUCUUUCACGUUGUUCUGACUUCAUCACAGGCAAGCUGCCCUGUGAAUCAUGUCCAGUAGGCGUAGACACAAGUUAUGUAAGCCCAGAUUCAGCCUGACGGUUUUACACUCAUCUUAGCAUUUCAUUCUAGCAUUCUUCCCUUUUUUCAACUCGUAUUACCGUUUUGGGCGUUUUAUCUGUGGCAGGAAUGCAACGUAAAAUAUGUUGGCAAUGGAAUUCGUAUCCAGACGGUUGCUGGUUUGAAACCUUCGCAGGGUAUUGCCACAUUAUAGUUUUGAGCACGGUGCUCAACCUGAGUUGCUUCAUUGACGAUUCCAUCAAUGGUUAUAUAAAAUUGUAGACGAGUAAGAUUUUUCUAGAUGAGUUUGUCUGGCGUGCAUAUUGUUUUGACGUCUGCCAAACUGGGUGUAGUGCAGGCAGCGCAGAAAAUUGACACUUAAUUUUUGAAAUAUCUGUGCAAAGCAUUAUUUUAGAUUGAAUUUGCCCUUCCGUCUCUGCAUAUGUUCAGAGGCAGUCUGAGCGGAGUCGUCAUUACUCCAAAGUUUCCUUUCCAUUUGCCGCAAGGACCUGGUGCUCCCAGAAUAGACGUCUAACAUUCAGCUGAAUAAACACACUAAAUUACUCUCUGGAGUGCGGAGAAGGAAAUGACACAAAGCAGUAAUUGACUCAGAAACGCAACUCGUCUUACUCAUAGAGUAAUAUUCAUGAGACUCGUCUGAGAACCAGUGCAGCAUGAGAAAUGAUUCAACGAUUCAGCACACAUUACCCGAUUAAAUGAAACUAGUCUGCAGCAUUAAAUUCAUUUGCCAUUUACUUUUCUCCUUUGAGGAGUAAAGUGUUCCCAGUCAGCUUGGGUUCCUAGAGCCUUUCGCAUUAUUCAAACCCGAAGAAAACAAACUGGGGAAGGAACAGAAUUUUCCAAAACAAAGAAAAAAAAUGUAUUUUGCUUUUCCCUUCUCACAGUCUAUGGUAGGCUGUGUAAACUUCCUCUAGUCGAUCAAUUUAGGGCUGAGUAACGACAAAUUCCAACAGAUCCCAGUACCAGGGUAGGGUUCCCCUUUCAUAAUAGCAAUGACCUAUGACCUCACGGGUUGGAUUAAAAAAAGGUCAUUUUUAACGCCAGUGGAAAUGCAGUUCUCAACAGGCGGCUAGGAUGAUCCAUUCACUAGCACAAGUGUAUGUGUCUUCAGUGUGUUUCACUUUGAUAAUGUGUUGGCUUCAGGAAUGGUGUUAGUGGCAAUUAGCUAUGUUCUGUGGUGUUAGUGAAUAUCCUGCCUAUGUAAUCGAGUAACCCAUUAACCUUUCCUGUCCAUUGUUGAUUUGAGAAAGAAGUCUCCCACUGAUUCCCAUUUGGGAUUGAUUUGAGUUCAUAUCGUGAUACGUGGAACAAAAGCUAUUAUUUAUUUUAAAAGGGUGUAUUAUCAAAACUUUGCUAGUUAGGCUGCAAUGAGUCGAAGGCAACACUUUUCAACCAUUAUGUCAACCUUCGCUCUGGGAUAGCAAAAUAAAUGCUGCAAAGGCCCUCUUGUCGAAACAAAUAUUUGAAACUUAAAUGUGUCUAGAUGUAUUAUUGAAGAUACUUGCAUUAGUUGCUGUGGCUGACAGUUUGAAAUUUAUGUUAUGGGCACUUUAAGAAGUAAUACAUGUAUUGCCAUAUUUAUUUUGCGUCAUGUUUGUUUCGAUAGGUUAGUUCACCCCUAUAUUCAUGCCUCUUAAAUGCAGAAUGGACAACAUCUAGAAAAUCUUGAAACAUGAAAAAUGUGGUUACUUUAUAAGCUUUUGUAUGUGUAAUAAUUAACUAAGAGGGAAAAGUGUUUUUGGAAUGACAUAGGAGGCUACUGGUUAUCUCUAAGUGGAAUAAUAGCAUUUGGGCAAAACUUAUUGUGUGAUUAUUUUAUUUUAUGUUGAAUUUAGCUUUGUUGACUGAGCCAAAGUAUAAAAACUAAUUCUCUAGCAAAUCCUUUAUUGUAUGUCAUUUACUGCAGGUACAACAGGCUUUAUUAUGAAGAGGCCCAGUAUUAAAUUGUUGCUAUUGAAAAUCUGCAGCUGAGUGAAUUGAAUCAAAUGAAGUCAUUCACUUACAGUAUUUUAAAAUCCAGUCCUUUUUUUCCAUCGAUAUGCACAAACGUAUCUUCAAGGUUUUUUGGACACACAAGGUUUACAUUGUAUGCUGUACUGUUACGCUAUAGCCAUUUAUUUUGUAAUGUUCAUUUGACCGCGCGGGAUGAUGCGUUUCGACUCAAAACGAGGACAAGACUAGGCAAUCCAGCGGCUGCAUCAGACAACUCGAUACGAAAAGCAAUCAUGUUUUCAUUCAACGCCUACGACUCCCGGCAAAGUAUUAAAGGGCACCGCUGACAGGAACGUGAUUACCACUGACUUUGAAACCAAGUGCUUCUUUUUUUUUUGGCAGGGUCAGCCAGCAAUCCCUCCACUGACUCCACCCACAGUUGAAAAUGUUGAACUACAAUUCAAAAGUGCAAGCCUAAGCACUUUCUUUUAAAAGAAAAACAAAAUGUACAUCUACUGAUUACAGUUUCAGUAAACUGCAUUAUAAAUGCAGUGGGAAAAUAUGAAGGCCCUGAGAAAUACUUUUUUUUUUUUUUUGGGAACUGUGAAUUUUUAUUUUAUUUUUUUUCCAAUAGUAUGUAGUUAAGUAGAAUAUCUAGAGUGGAACAAGUAUGUAACUAUGCUAUUCCAGACUUCUUAUGCAUUCAUUUGAUAUACUUGAGGUUUUACAUUUUUAAAUACAGAUGUGGUUCUUAUAUGCAGUAAACCAUUUAACAGCUAUACAAUUGUAACUAAAGUGUAUAGGUGGUUUUGCACUUUGUAUUUUUCUGUUUCUCUCUUUUAAAAUGCCUUCUGUCUAAAGGACCCUAUAGUUACUUCCCUGCAUGUAGAUUUUCAUGAUUUAUUUUAUCCCACUGUCUCAAAUGGGUCAGACAUUUAAUACUUGUAGUGGUAAGUAGCCUUAAACCUGCUUUUCUGAAGCCAAUAAUUGCAUGGUUUUGUUUGUUAUUGACAAACUAUUCCUCUGCGUGUGUGUGUGUGUGUCUGUACAGGUUACAGACAGUCCUGGGCUGGACCCUUUGAAAAGGCCCACUCAAAAUGUCAAUGUAAAACUGUAUAAGAGCCAUUUAAAAAAUGUUUAAAAAAAAUAAAUAAAUAAAAAAAAUCUUUUUUUUCCACUAAAAAGAAAAUUAUAAGAGAUGUUGUGCUUGUAGCAGCCUUAUGUAAAAAUACACUUUCAUACUUCAGUUUCAAUGGUUUUACUUGAAUUUCAUUGUAAGCCACUUUUUGUACAUGUCGAGGACAAUUAUAAUGUCAGUUUGUGGUGAAACAGUGAAGGUUGGUUAACAGAGGUAAUUUCAUACCGAUUGUGAAUGUGUAAAUCUUUUGGUCAAACAAGUCUUAAAGCAGUUAUGGAUUCUCCCAGAUUGGUCCCAUUCUGCUUUAGACUUAGGUCAAACUUUGUAAUACAUUUAUAUCUCUUAAUGUCUAAUUAAGAGAAACAUUUGAGAGAACAAAUAAAAAUUGGUAUACACUGUAGAACCUCUGAGAUAUGAAGGUAUUGGAAAUGUAAGUUGUCCAGAACUGAAAUUUUCAUAACUUUGAAAAUGGCAUGAAAAUAUACCAAUUUUAAGCAAUUUAAUUUUUAAAAAAAUUAAAGUCCUCUACUUGUAUUACGGUUGCCUUAUUUUAAAUUGGCUAAUUUUUUUCUAGCUGUAGUCUUCAGUUCAUGUUAAUCACACCAGCAGUAAUCAGGAUCACUUUAGAACAUUGACUCUUUUUUUUUCUUUCUUUUUCUUGCCAGCUUUCUGAACAAUUUUGUUUUAGUGACCCACUUUCGUUUAGGCUCUUAUGCAAACAUUGUAUAACUUAUUUAUAUGAAGUCUUGAUGAGUUUUCCACAUUGUUCUUUUACAAUAGUGCUGAGACAUCCCCUUUGUCUAAUACUGGCAGUUAUUUUUAGUUUCUUUUUCAUCGAUGGAAAGUGUGGCUCAUUUUUGUUGAAUGCCUGCAUUUAUGUAUUAGUGAUAAUUUGGAGCUUGGCAAGGCGUAAUUGUGUAUGCUUCUUUCAGAUUCAUACCAUGUAAGCUUAACCAGUCGAGCUGCAACUGAGUUUCGUAUCUCUGAGGUUCUACUGUAAGCAGAUGAUAUAUUCUAUCAUCUUGGGCUGUUUUAAGAAAUGGUCUUUAAAUGAGAAUUUUAAAAUUAUGACCAGUUAACUUUGAAAAAAGUUCUGUACAUUUUCAACAUAAUAUAAUUUUAUCAUUAUUACUUAUAUGUAUAAUGAGACAAACAAAUGUUGAAUAAAACCCUCUUGCAUGCAAAUCACAUAGCAAAAUCCCUAUUCUGUAUCAUUCUGCUAUAGCUGUAAAGGAUGUUUGGCCUAAGACUGCAGUCUGUAGUAAACAUUUAUUCAAUUCUGACUGCUAAUAACAAACUGCCUUUCAUUUAUCUGUUGUCUGUUAGUCAUUGCAUCAUUUAAUAAGGUGAUUGCUUUGUACCCAGUCUCUCAAAUAUUUUGAGUGUUAUAUAAAUGUACAAAUAAAUUUAUUUCAAAUGA